AUGAGUAGUCGAACUACCAAUACAACAUCAAUCAGCUCUUCGAAAUCCGACGGUCAGAAGGAGACCCAAAACUAUUGGGGAUUCGCCAACUUCCCCAAUCAAGUCUUCCGGCGCGCCGUGAAAAAUGGAUUCGAUUUCACGUUGAUGGUUGUUGGUCGAAGCGGUCUUGGCAAGUCAACAUUCAUCAACACCCUCUUCCUGGCGGAAAUCAACAAUUUGAACGAGAAAGAGGCCGCCCAUGUCGCGUCUCCACUUCCAUCGACGGUUCGUGUCGAAGAGAAGCUUGUGAGACUUCUCGAGAACAGUGUUUCGUUGAAUUUGACACUUGUGGAUACACCCGGAUUCGGUGACGCCGUCAAUAAUUCCAAAUGCUACGAGCCGAUAGUGAACUACGUGGAAGGCAAAUUCUUUCAACAAUUCUGCGAAGAGACGAGAAUCGAUCGUGGCGAUAAGCCAGUCGACAAAUGCGUCCAUCUAUGUCUCUAUUUCAUUGAACCAUCAGGCCAUGGACUGAAACCAAUCGAUAUCGAGCUGAUGAAACAUUUACAUGGACGAGUGAAUAUCGUUCCAGUCAUCGCUAAAGCCGACUGCUUGACACGCGAUGAGCUUCGUCGCUUCAAAGCGCAAAUUGUCAAGGACGCCGAGGCGGCGGAGAUCAAGCUAUACAAGUUUCCGGAACUGGAAGAUUCAUCGCUGGACAAGGAGAAGGUGGAGAAACUCCGAAAAGCGCUCCCAUUCGCGAUCAUCGGAUCGAACAUGCUGAAGCAAAAAGAUGGGCGGAGCAUUCGCUAUCGAGAGUAUCCAUGGGGAACUGUUGAGGUCGAAAAUAUGGAGCACAAUGAUUUUUUGACACUCAGAGAUAUGAUUAUUCGAACGAAUCUGAUUGAUAUGAUCGAUGUGACCCGGAAUGUGCAUUAUGAGAACUUUAGAUACAGACAAAUGGAGGGACUGCCGAAGAAUGAGAAGAAUCGCGACCCAUUCACCCAUUUGGAAGACGAAAAACGUCAAAAAGAGCAAGAUUUGGCGGAGAAACGGGAGACUUUGGAGAGAGUGUUCAACGAAAAAACGGCGGCUCGCAAGCAACGCAACGAUGAGCGAAUGUCGGCCCUCGAAGAGUUCGAACUCCAAAAUCGUCAAAAAAUCGACGCGAAACGUGCGGAAAUCAUCCGUCUUCGACAUGAAAUCGGCGAACUUCGAAACGGAACACUGACGUCUUCUCAGACGUCGUUGGCAACAACAUAUAACGAGAAUAGUAGUCAGAAUUCCACGUUGAAUUCGACCGCCAAAUCCAGCCCACCACCGCCAGCAGCCGCCGGUGGAACCAUGAAGAAACGCAUCGGCGGUCUGGGUCUUUUUAAUCGGAAUUGA